AUGUUAUCAGGUUUCAAAGCUGCAUUGAAGAGCCAAGGUCCUCUGUGUAUCCUGGAGCAUUUUGACACUGCGUACAGCAUUUUACAACACUUUCAGACUGCAGACAGUGCUGUAAAAGCCGACACUCUGGACAUACUCUUAAAAGUGGUGUCCGGCCUGUCCGCAUCUCUCCCUGCUCUCCUGGAUUCCUCUUCUCUUUCCCCGGCUGACCGGAAGCUACAGCUGAAUACAGUGAAGAUGGGCGUCUUCCUGCUGUGCAAAUUGGCUGAGGGCCUGGAGAGCGACUCCUCCAGGCAUAGCAUCAUCACUGCACCCAGCAAGGGUGGUAAGAAGAGCAGAACAGUGAAUGCCGAUGCUCCGUUCCAGUGGGACACCGAGAGGGAUCAUGUUCUCCAGGCUCUCACUCAGCUGCUCCAGCUCGACAUCAGAACGCUGUGGAGCCUGUCGCUCGUGGAGGAGGAAUUCACUAGCUGUGUGACGCGAUGUUGUUACAAGCUCCUUGAGAACCCAGCCAUCAAUCAAGUGAAAUACAAAAGCACCAGAGAGGCCAUCAUUCACCUGUUGGGGCUUCUUGUCAAGAAGUACAAUCAUCUUCUGGGGGCCAGUGUGAAGGUGAUCCAGCUGCUUCAGCACUUCGAGCACUUGUCCUCCGUGUUUGCUCAGGCGAUGUCCGUGUGGGGCUCCGAAUAUGGGGUCAAGGCCAUCGUGGGAGAGGUCAUAAGAGAAAUUGGUCAGAAGUCCAGUGAAGAGCUGUCACGGGAGGGGUCAGGAGUCAGGUCCUAUGCUGCCUUUUUGUCUGAACUGGGCACUCUGGUCCCUGAAGCCAUGGUCCCUAACAUCAGUGUGUUACUGCAGCAUCUGGAAGGGGAGUGUUACAGCAUGCGCCUGGCGGUGUGCGAGGUGCUAGGGGAGAUUCUCGUCCGGGUUCUCCAUGGCGACCAGUUGUCAGAGACCAGCCGUGCAGCUCGUGACCAGUUCCUGGACACUCUGCAGGAGCACGUCCACGACGCCAACGCCUUUGUCCGUUCCAGAGUCCUGCAGGUCUUCACGCGCGUUGUGCAGAGCAAGGCUCUCCCUCUGGUGCGGUACAGGGAGGUGCUGACUUUGGCAGUGGGCAGGCUGAUCGACAAAUCUGUCAAUGUGUGCAAGAACGCCAUCCAGCUCCUGGCAGCCUUCAUCGCCAACAACCCCUACAGCUGCAAGCUGAGCAGUGUGGACCUGAAAGCCCCUUUGGAGAAGGAGGUGGCCAAGCUGAAAGAGCUAAAGGAGAAGGAAAGAGAGAAAGCGCCUGUGGCAGUGAUUGAGGCAUGGGAGGUAUGGCAGGCCAUGGAGCCUGAACUUCUACAGACCGUGCAAGCGGAGCUGGACAGGAGGAGCCAGGAGGAUGAAACGGAGGAGCAGAACGAAACGGAGGAGGAGAUCCAGCCAGGCGGCUCUCCCAGGGACACAGCAGUGAGGAUUGCCCAACUGCUUCAAAGCAACAAGUACAGGCAGGCAGUUGGGCUGACCCUGAAAGGGCUGUCAGCAUUCCCGGAGUCUGACUACUUCUCUGCAGACAGCCCCCUCACUGCAGAUGGCAUCAUGGGCACUCUUGGGCGCAUCUUCAAAGGCUCGGAAGAGGAUUCUGGGAAGCAGGAACCUGUCACCGUUGUGGCUGAUAAGAAAGAAGAGGGGAGUGAGGAAGAGAGGGAGGAGGCAUCCAGUGAACUGAAGAAGCAAGAGAUGCUGGUUCAGUACCUGAGAGACACCGAGAGCUUCUCCUUGCAGAUAGAGGAGGCCAUCUCUCUCAUCACCUCUAUGCUGUACUGGAAAACUACGUCGGUGGUGCAGGAGGCGAUCCAGUUUUGCGUGACGGUCUGUGAAUUCGGGGUCUCUCAGUCUCUAAAUGGGGUCAGGAGGAUGCUGCCCCUGGUGUGGUCUCCGGACACGGCGGUGCGGGAGGCCACAGUGGAGGCCUAUAAGAGACUCUACCUCCGACCCCCAGGAGACACACUCAGGGCCAAGGCUCAGACCCUCGUUCACAAUCUCUCGGUGCUGAUGGUCGAUGCCUCUCUGGGAACUAUUCAGUGUCUGGAGGAGAUAGUGCUGGAGUUCUUCCAGAAGAGCGAGCUGCAGUCAACUGUAAUCCAGGUGCUGUGGGAGAGGUUCACGGGGAAGACCGCCUGUUCGGGGCUAGAGCGCCGCGCAGCCGUCUUACUGCUGGGCAUGGCAGCACGGGCGGAGAAAGAGGUGGUGUUGAGCAACCUGGACACUCUGGUGUCAGUUGCUCUUGGAGAGAAAGUAAUGGAGGAUUUCCUUCUGGCCCGAGACGCAUGUAUCGCCGUCUCCAAAAUUACAGACAAGAACAAGACUCAGCAGAGGAAAGACGGCCGUCCUUUCAGACUGCCGCAGGAUCACCAGCUGUUCACUGCUCUCACGGAUGCCAUCACUGCAGGAGUGUUGCUCAAUGAUGCCUACUGGGUCUCCUUUAUGGAGCAGGCUGUCAGUCUGAUCUACCAGCUCUCCGAGUCUCCUGACAAGACCUGCGCCCACAUACUGAGAAGCUGCACCAAACGGCUGUUGGAUGAGAUCACCCAGGGAGGAGGCUCAAAGGAGGAGGAGGACACAUUAGAGCAUGGCAGUCAGGACAACAGUGACCCAUGUAGCCAAAGUUACCAAGUGCAGUGCGGGGCUCUCGCUCAGCUCCUGUCCCUGGCCGGCUCGGUGGCCUUUCAGCAGCUGGAGCACCUGGAGCGCAGCGUGAGUGGAGAGCUGAGGAGGAGGAGAAUGGAGAAGGAAGAGAAGCAGAGCGCCCCUGACAGGACGCCCAUGCAUUCAUCCAACGAGACGACGGUGGAGGAGGAGAUGGGUUUAACAGGAGCGUCGGCUGAAGACACUGAAGCGGAGCUCAUCAGGAAGAUCUGCGAGACUGAGCUGCUGCAUGAGGAGACUGUGCUCACACCCUUCCUGCCGCUGAUGGUUAAGGUCUGCAGCAACCCCGGCCGGUACAGCCACCCCCAGCUCAGCACUGCGGCCUGCCUGGCCCUGGCCAAGUACAUGAUGAUCAGCUCUUCCGUUUGCGACAGUAACCUACGCCUGCUCUUCACGAUGCUAGAGAAAGCCUCGCUGCCCUCCGUCAGGUCCAACACCAUCAUCGCGCUGGGGGACCUCACCAUCCGCUUCCCCAACCUUAUCGAACCCUGGACCCCACACCUAUACGCCAGGCUUAGUGACCAGUGUCCUUCAGUCAGGCUGACCGCUCUCACAGUUCUGACACACCUGGUGUUGAAGGACAUGGUGAAGGUCAAAGGUCAGGUCAGUGAGAUGGCCUUGCUACUGAUUGACCCCGAGUCGAAGAUUAGCAGUCUGGCUCUCAACUUCUUCAAUGAGCUGGCUGGCAAGGACAAUGCUAUCUACAAUCUACUACCCGACAUCAUUAGCCGCCUGUCAGAUCCCGAGAGGGGAAUCGCAGAAGAGGACUUCCAAACCAUCAUGAAGCAGUUGUUUUCCUACAUCACAAAGGAGAAGCAGACUGAAAGUCUAGUGGAGAAACUGUGCCAGAGGUUCAGGACAGCGAAGAGCGAGCGGCAGUGGCGGGACCUGUCUCACUGCCUGUCCCUGCUGUCUCUCUCGGAGCGGGGCUUCAAGAAGCUACAGGAGUGCUGGGAGUGCUACAGUGACAAGCUGAGCGAGGAGGGGGUCUACCAGGGGCUCCUCGCCCUCGUUGGCAAACUGCGCCGGGCUGCCAAGCCAGAAGUCAAGGCCCAGGUGGAGGAGUUCGAGAAGCGUCUGACGGCAGUACACACCCGUGGUUUGGAGAACGUGGAGACGGAGGAAGGAGAUGGAGGCUCACAGACCACCAAGACCCCUGCUGCCACCAGGAAGACUGACCGGAAACCCACACGAGGCAAAAGCAGGACCCUGACAGCCCAAAAUGACGACAAAGAUGAUUUCUGUACUCCCAAGACGAAGACGAGAAGAGUUCCCAGGAAGAAACCCACGAUCUCCUUCAGCAGCGACGAGGAGGAGGAAGAGUCCGCCGCCGAGCUUUCGGAAAACGAGACCCCGAAGGUCACGACGCCCAUCUUGCGCUCUGCUCGCCGCUCCAGAACCAGACGCUGAAGAAGGGAGAGACGGGUCUAAGCCAGUUCUCUGGCAUCCUUUAAGAAUCUGCUUGAUGACACUUGUGGGAUGUUGGUGAGCUAUUGUAGAGCAAGAUAAACUGAACAGAGCCUUUCUCUAUUCCUCUGACUGGCCCCACAAGAUGAGGCAAGGCCUUUCCUCCUCCAUCUCUUUGUGUAUUCUGUUACCAGUGACCUGUCUGUACAUUUGCCUUCCGCCCUGACCACCUCUUGAUGUUUCACUCUGUAUUCUGUUGUUUUUUGAGAUUUUGUGAACUACAUAGACCUUUCUGUUUUGUUUUGUUCUUGUGUUUCCCACUUCAAUCAUGAUUUUAGAGAUUGUUAAAUAAACUCCCAUUUUCUGA